AUGAAAUCUCCUUUAAAAGAUUUUGCUUCAACAUAAAUUGAUGAAAAGAGGAGUUCCUUUUGGUAAUUCAAAAACAUUACAAACAUUCCUCUAACCAUCAAUUUCGAUAGAUUCAAUGUGUAUUCUGAAAAGAAAAAAACGUUUAAAGAGAUAGAGAUAGCUAAAAUGAAGAGUUUAAUCUUUAAGAAAAAGAAGAAUCAAGUAUUAUGAGAAUUUGAUUUUAGACUGGAGUAUUAAUUGUUGAUAUAACAGAUUGUAUCAUUUCAAUAGUUGAAAAUAAUCAUAUUGGACAUGGUCUUUAAUUUACUAAAGCAACUUUUUAGUUUCUGAUAUUUGGAUCUCAAAUUCUUGAUUGGUUUGAAUCAUUAAAAAAAUAUUGUUAUUAAACAGAAUUUAGUAAUAAAUAUGAGUUAUUGACUUUACUCAACAGAGGAUCAUUAUAUAAAGUAUCAAUUUAUCAAAUAAAUAAGUUAUACGAUGCAAUAAAUAUCUUUGAAUAAAUUAAUUAUACUGUGAAAGUAUAUGAAAAAUAAAUAUUCACAAAAUAAUCUGAUAUUGAUGCAAUCAAAAAGGAGAUUUCCAUCUUUAGAUAGAUGAAUCAUCCUGGAGUUGUAAAUUUAAUAGAGGUGUUUGAAAAUGAGUAAGGAUUCUUAAUAGUAUAUGAUUCUUUUGAAGGAGGCACUUUAAGUGAUAUGAUAAAGAAAUAUUAGAUUCCAGAAUAAUAAGCAAUUAAGAUUAUUUUUAGAUUGCUAGAUUCUUUAAGUUAUAUUCAUGAAUAGAAUGUAUUACAUAGAAAUUUGAAACCAGAAAAUAUUUUAUUAAAGAAUCUUUUGGCUCCAAAUAAUGUUUAAAUUAGUGAUUUUAGUCUUGCUGAUUUUUUUAGAAGAGAUAAUAAAUAUUUAUUUACUCGUUGUGGUACACCUGGUUAUGUGGCUCCAGAAAUUCUAUAAGAUAAAAGUUAUGAUUUUAAGGUUGAUGUCUAUAGUUUAGGUGUUAUCUUCUAUACUAUGUUAUCAGGAGGUAUUUCUCCAUUUCCAACAAAAAGCUAUGAUGAAAGGAUUUUUCUAAAUUAUCAAGGUCAAAUUGAUUUUUCAAUAAUUGAUGCUUCAUCUGAUGCUUUGGAUUUAUUAAAAUAAUUGCUUGAAAUCAAUCCAUAGAAAAGAAUCAAUUCUUUUUAAGCAAUUUGGCAUCCUGCUUUCAAAGGAUUACAUAAACUUAAAAUAACUAGCUUAGAAACAGAAAAGAGAAAUUCUUCAAUUAAAUUAACUAUUAAAUAAAGUCUGCCUCCUAAAACAAUAGAGAAUCUAAAAUUAAUUCCUUGUCCCAUUAAUCAAUUACCUCCUGCAUCAAUAUAAUUUUAAAGAAGAUAAAAAUUUAGAAUUGCUUUUAAAAAUAGUCGCCAGUCUCUAAGUAAUGCUUCAUCUCCAUUGGUUUCACCAGGAAGAAAAUUGUUUACAAUGCAAUCUCAAAAAACACUCUUUUCAAAUUUAUUUGAGAAGGGGACAUAAAUUUAUUGA